GGAUGAAGGAAAGAAAGAUAUUGCUACCCAGAAAUCUCUGGAGUGAGCCAAGGUUUUCCUGGGCCAUUACUGAGCUGCUCAUUGACUAGACUGCCUGGCGUUUGACCCCAUGCCAGGGCAGUCCCUGCCCCUCCCCCCAGCAGACCACCCAAUACCCUCUGGGAGGCACUGCUGGCAUUGUACAAUGAGGUAGAAUAAGACUAUGACCUCCACAAUGGCAACAGCCACUAUUUACUGAACACGUACUCUGCCAAAUUCUCUGGGCCAAGCCUUUUAUGGAUAUUAUCUCAUUUAAUCACAACAGCCCUAUGAAGUAGGUGCUAUUAUUCCCAUUUUUACAGAUGAGGGAACUAAGGCUCAAAUUAAACAACUUGCCCAAAAUCUUGUAUCCAGUAAGUGUCGAGGGUGGGUUGCAAACCUAAGUCUGUCCUGCUUUUGGAACCAAUGUGCUCAUAUUCACUGAUCUGCAGAGUGACUUUCACUGCCACUGACUACUUCUGGAUAUUGCCCUCCUGGCUGCAGGCCCGAAUACACAGCCAGUCCUCUUUUUCCAAGCCCUGUCUCCUAUCACAUCCGUCCUUUCCCUGUUGUCAAUCCAGCCCAACCAUAGGUCACCACAUCCAGGCUGCCCAACAAAGGAAUCUUUUUUGCAACGCCUUGGAUGAUGGCAUCCAUCCCAGCCUUAUGCUCCACUGAGGGUUUGGCUCGCAUUUGCUCAUGCUGUUUGGCUUUCCUGGAAUACCCUUCCCAAGCCCUUCAGGGACAACCCAGCUGAAGUCACACACGACUUCUGAUUUCCUCUCAAUACAGUGAUCUUGCAGAAUUCUGGGUCCCAGGGCCAGGCAUGCCCCGGAAAGUUCCUCUGGCCUGGGCCCAGUAAGGAAACUGCAAAGAGCGAGGAGAGCCUGAGUUCUAGUCCCAAUCAGGAGAAGGUGGGAAGGCUUUACUCUCAGGUCCCAAGCCACUAUUAUUUCUCCAAAUCUUGCUUGGGGAAGAAAAAAAAAAAAAAAAUGAGAGAAGUGGGUUGAAGAAAGAGACAGAGGUGCCAGAGAGACUGCUUGGAGAGAAGAAAGAUGUGUGUAGGACCCAUAUGGAUGGCCCAUCUUCCCAUAACAUCAAAUUCUCUGGACCAUUUUGAGGAGGGAAUGAAAAUCUGUAAUAUAAAACAUUUUAAUAUUAAAAAGAUUUUUUAAGGAACAUUAGGAUUUAAAAGCAAAAUUCUACGGAAUUUUUAAGAUAAGACUGAAACAGCAAGAAAUUGCAUGCUGUGGAGGGAGAAUUUGGGCUCCUCCGCCAGCCCAGGGCUGACGCCGUUUGCGGAGGUCCGGGGACGAGUAAGAGCCCAGCGCCUGGCACCGAAUGAAGGCAGCUAUUGUGAUCUCCGGGGCCGGGGGAGGGAGGCUCAGUGCCCAAGGGUGUGUGACCCUGCCCGAGGUCCUGGGAAGGGGCAGCGCGGAGUUCCCGCUGUACCCUUGGCGACAGAGCCUGGGAGGGAGGGUGGAGGGUGUCAACCUUAGACACCGGUUCCGCCCCCUUCCUCUGGCUCCGCCCCAGCACUGGCUCCACGUGGUUAUCACAACUUGCAGCUCAGACCCAGGGGUCCCAAGGAAACUCCAGGUAGGGGUGGUGCAGCAGCGUGAACUGCGAAUCCCCACCACUCGGUCGGUGACUUCCAUUCCCUACCCUCUCCCUGGAAAUAAGCGGGGAACGCGCCUUCGGGCGGAACUCUACGGCACCGGUUUCCGACCACCAGUCUUGCCCAAGCGCCCCGGAGUACCGAACAAGAGGAAGGCCCCAGGGCAAGGACAGGUCGAGGACGCCGUCCGGACCGCCAUGGCUGCGCUCGCACGCCGCCUGUGCCACAUUGCUUUCCACGUAUCCGCGGAGCAUCCCCUCGCCCGCGACCUGCAGCGCCUCUUCGGUUUCCAGCCUCUGGCGGCGCGAGAGGCGGACGGCUGGCGGCAGCUGGCCCUGCGCAGCGGCGACGCGGUCUUCUUGGUGAACCAGGGCGCGGGGCCCGAGGAGCCGCUGUACGGCGUGGACCCUCGUCACGCGGUGCCCAGCGCCACGAACCUGUGCUUCGACGUGGCCGACGCGGGCGCCGCCGCCCGGGCACUAGCUGCCCGGGGCUGCCAUGUACCUGUGCCCCCUGUUAGUGUACGGGAUGCGCAGGGUGUCGCCACCUAUGCCGUGGUGAGCUCGCCGGCCGGCAACCUCAGUCUGACGUUGCUGGAGCGCGCCGGCUACCGCGGGCCCUUCCUGCCCGGCUUCAGGCCGGUGGCCUCAGCGCCUAGCCCCGGCUGGGUCAGCCACGUGGACCACCUGACCUUGGCCUGCACCCCCGGCAGCUCCCCCACACUGAUGCGUUGGUUCCACGACUGCCUGGGCUUUCGCCACCUGCCGCUCAGCCCAGGUGAGGAUCCGGAGCUGGGCCUUGAAGUACCGGUAGGGUCCGGGCGCGGGGGGCUGCGGCUCACAGCCUUGCACGCACGAAGGGGCAGUGCUGUUCCCACCCUUGUGCUGGCUGAGUCAUUGUCAGGGGCCGCCGGCAGGCAGGACCAGGUGGAACUGUUCCUAGCGCGGCACCGGGGCCCGGGCCUGCAGCACGUGGGGCUGCACACGCCGGACAUCCUAGAGGCCACUGAAGGGGUGGUGGCAGCUGGUGGUCAGCUCCGGACUCCUCCUGAGGCCUAUUACCAGCAGCCCGGGAAAAAGGAACAGAUCCUAGCUGCAGGGCAUGAGCCCAGCCUGCUGGCCCGAGGCGGGAUCCUGCUAGAUGGCAGUAAAGGCAAGUUCCUGCUGCAGGUCUUCACUAAGUCCCUCUUUGUAGAGGACACCUUCUUCCUGGAGCUGAUUCAGAGGCAGGGGGCCACAGGCUUUGGCCAGGGCAACAUUCAGGCCCUGUGGCGGUCUGUGCAGGAGCAAGCUGUCAGGCUCUGGGAGUCCUGAGGGCCGGAGGGUGGUUCUCACCUCCAGGGAAGCACUGGCCAGGUCCUGCAGUGUCGGCCACUUCUGGAGCGCCAAAGCAGACAGAGAUGAGGUCAAGGGUGAGGAAGAUGAGGAGGCCUUCUCUGCCCUACACCCCCAAAGGAC